UCGUUCUCCACUGCUUCUUUUUAUUUUCAUUCAAUACUUUUGUUCAAACUUCUUUUUAUUCUUCCUUCUUUGUGGUUUGGUCCGAAGGACUCAUUCACAAUCAUCCGGUAGUUCUCUCCGCCUCCUUAGCCGAUGGUUCUCCUCUGCUGCCGCAGCCGAUGGUUCUCCUCUGCGCUGCCGCAGCCGAUGGUUCUCCUCUGCGCUGCCGCAGCCGAUGGUUCUCCUCUGCGCUGCCGCAGCCGAUGGUUCUCCUCUGCGCUGCCGCAGCCGGUUGUUUCCUGCACUGCGGCCACCGGAUCCAGAUGUCCUAAUCCGCCACCGGAUCCAUAUGUCCUAAUCCGCCACCGGAUCCAUAUGUCCUAAUCCGCCACCGGAUCCAUACGUCCUAAUCCGCCACCGUAGCAUUUUGUUAUUUUCCGCCGUCGUUGCUUAAUAUAUGUUACGACAAUUCACGAAGAUUGUCGAUCCAGAGAUCAACUACUCGAAGGCCUUUCAAAUCAUGCAGGCCAGAGAUUGGACCCAUUUAACGCAAAGGCCUCCAGAGGCGUCAGCAAGUCCAAUUCACAUUGGAGAUCUGCGUAGAGGCGGAGCAAUCUGCUUUCCGAGAUGGCUCGUUCCCAGCUUAGUCGAUCUCAGAGAAGAAGGGCUCAGAAAAAACGGGCACAGAAAAGACGCGCUCCCAGGAUUAAAUCAUGGAGGAAGAAAAGGCCCAGGUUGCUCUGUUCUAUCAUUAUUCAGAUCCGAGCAAUAUGCUGGGCUAUCGCUUUCAUUAGACAUUACGAAUUUAAGCUGAAGCUUCUUGGACAAAUGCCUUUGGAGGAGCACUUGUCCAUCCAGGCCUUGAUAAACCACACGCCGAAGAGAUACCUAAAAGCCGAUGGUACUUUCACAGAAGACUUAUCUGUGUUAGCUCGAGUGCUACAAGUUAAUGGGACUCUUCUUGACCGUGACUGUCCACUCACUGAAAGACUUGAUCAGGCUCCUAUCGAUGAUUCUGUAAGUGUAUUCAUUAGAGUUCUUUCUUUCUUUCAUUUUUUUCUGUCAUCAUCAGCUGUUUUCCUUUUUUUUUUGCAGAAUCUGCAGAAGUUCAUUCCUACUAAAGUUCGUGUUCAUUCGAUUUAUCCAAAACGAAACAGCAAUUUUAGUCAAAGGAGAUCUGAUGCCAUGAAUGCCCAGCUUGUCAAACAUGUGAGGGGUGGUUGUGUUGCUGCUCGUAUCGUAGUCUAUCCAUCUUACCUUAAAUUAGAAGGAAAGGAUAUCUACUAUCCCACGAAGUAUGAAUUGGAUUGUCUCGAGCCUGGUGGACACGUUGUUCUCUUAACUCAUUACGCUUAUGAUGCUAAUCGACGUCUCUACUACCAGUUUCAAGAGACUGCCGGUGUAGAAGUCUGUGAUGAGGGGUAUGCAUACGUUUAUGCUGAUUUAGUUACCCAUUUUCUUGAGAUCGAUGCGUGAUAUCUGUUGCUUUUUGAAUUUCUAUUCUACUUGCACUAGAAUGUUUCAGGUCUGUGAUUUUUGAAUGUUGGAUUGAGACCAGGAAAAAGCCUUAAACUAGAAGGUUCUAUAAUUAAAGGACUUAUUAAAAAAGUAUCUAUCUAAUUUAUUAAUUAUAGUAUAAAAUUAUUGUCAACACCCAAAUGUUGAUUAUAGUAUAAAAUUAUUGUAAUUGUAGUAAAUUCUGCUCCGAUUCGAGCAUACUCGUCCUCUUCCGGGUCCUAUUCAAACUACAUAAGAUUUGUUUUGACAAUAUCGUUCCCAAUGUUGAUUAUAGUAUAAAAUAAUAAUAAUUAUAGUAAGUUGAUUCUCGGAUUGGAGCAUACUACGCGUCCUCUCCCGGGCCCUAUUGUUUAUCAUGAUAAGACAUUUUUGUUGUUAUGCGACUGGAAAAUAUAAAUAAGACAUGAUAAGACAGCUUCCGGCUGUACAUCUUUAAUAUAAUA